AUGGACGGCCCCAGGGAUCGCCCAAGUGGCAUUCCGCGCCUGUCUCGACUCCCCGUACCACGAUCGAGCGUCCCGAAGACUGCCCUCUUGGCCUCAACCUCGACCUCGACAACUAUACCGGUUCGCCCCAAAGCUUCUAGAGACAGUCUUGGUGGAGGGGAGCUUAAUCCGCCAAAAUUGAGACCUGCUGCAUCGCGAGACCAACUUCGCAGCAGCGUAGGCGGUGUCGGCAACAGAGACAGCCCAUUGCGAUCGGUAUCCUCGCAAGAUCAGCUUCGCUCGAGCACACGCCAACCUAUAAAUACCAAGUCGCAGCUCAACCAGACCCAGAGAAAACCAAGGAUUCCAAGCUCUCAACAGCGAGCUAAUUCAACUACACCACAGCCUUUAGCCAUAGAUGCUUCUUUCAAUGCCGCCAACGAAGAUAAGUGGGAUCAUUCACCCACGCAGAGCCUGCAUGCUUUUAGCCCGAGCACCUCAUCCGGCAAUGCGGCUGAGCUUGGUGGUGAAGCCAUUUUUCAGGGCGAUUCACUUGACAGCGAUGAAACAGCUUUCCACACUUUCCACACUCCCAGCACUCGGAAGUUCAUGCCGCGCCCUUCCUUGACAGAGCGCACAAUGGAAACCCUGGCACAGAUUCCGCCAUCACCAGCUUUGAGCAAAACGUCGUCAUCAUUUUUCGACCAAGCGCGACCAAGAUCACGAGCAGAUGGGGGAAAUUCUAGGCCGGGUUCCAGCUACAACUCUGAUGGGUUUGGAAGAGCAUCAUCCCGACAAGGAAGCCGGCCGGGUUCUAGUGCUGGGCAAGAUGAUUCUUCUGCGGCAUUCCGCGCCUCUGGCAACCCGUUUAAAAGCAGCCUAUCGACCAUCAGUGGCACUACACGAAGGACUUCCGCUACUGGUGUCGCAAAAACCCCGCAGACCAGAGCGGCUUCGAAACGUGCUUCGCUUGUGCCCACUACCAAGUUGGAAAAUACGGGUAUUUCGUAUGUACAAGACGCUUUGAGGAGCACUAGCCCUGAGAAGAAGAUGUUUGAAAAAAGCUCCAUCAGGUCCGGCUCCAAGUCGGUCGCUCCAAGAUCAACAAAGCCUCGAGCAUCGACUACCGGUCUAUUCAAAAAGCCUUCCCUCCCUUCAAUACCCAAGGCUGCAGGCGCUCCAUCAGAGUCCUGGGACGUUGCAAUCCCUCCCUCAUCAUCUGCUUUAGUCCCCACGGACUUUACACCCCUGACAAACCGAAAGUCUUCGGCAGCACUGCGAGAACAAAUUGCCAAGGCCAAAGCAGCCAAGCGCGCGGCUGUAAGACAGGCAUCUGAAAACCACGGAUCAAAUGGUGUACCUACCACGUCAUCAACUGCUACAAAUGGCUUUGUCCUGGAACAUGAUGACCCUUUUAAUCUAAGGAAGGGAGAUGUACCGAGCGCCAAAGUAUUGCAGCAACGAGUGGCUUCUGCACGCACUACAGGCCGGUUGAAUAUUGCCGCUUUGGGAUUGAAGGAGAUACCAGAAGAAGUCAUGAGAAUGUACGAUCUGGAGAGCAUUGGCAGUAACGAUGGCACCUGGGCGGAGAGCGUAGAUCUUACGAGGCUCGUUGCAGCGGAUAACGAUAUCGAGUGCUUAGACGACAACAUCUUUCCAGGCACGAGCCCAGAGACGUUUGGCGAGCAAGAGGAAGGACAGGGCUGCAUAUUCGGUGGAUUAGAGACGCUAGAUAUGCACGGAAACCUGCUUGCAAAAGUUCCUGUUGGCUUCCGGCGUCUCGCCAACCUGACGUCGCUCAAUCUUUCUUCCAAUAAGCUUGAAAACAGUAGUCUAGAUAUAAUAUCUCAAAUCGGCUCUCUUCGAGACCUGAAACUGUCCAAAAACCAGCUGUCUGGUCCAUUAAAGUCGGCGUUGAUGAACCUGAGUUCCCUGGAGAUGCUCGAUGUUCACGGAAACAGCAUCUCUGCUUUGCCUCCCGAUAUCGAGAACAUGCAGCGCCUCCGCAUCCUGAAUAUGAAUGAGAAUAAACUAGAAAGCCUGCCUUUCGACAGUUUGUCUAAACUUCCUUUGACAGAACUAUUCGUGAGAAAGAACAAGCUUUCGGGUGUGCUCAUUCAGCAGCCGGUCGAAUCUCUCCCCUGCUUGCAAACUCUGGACGCCUCAGCAAACCAGUUAACUCACCUGAUACCUGUGGAUACCGUCAUCAGCCUCCCGGUAAUCCAUGCCAUUUCACUAUCUGUCAACAGGCUGCAAUGCCUCCCGAACAUGUCGACUUGGACAAACCUCCUGACAUUAGCUGUUGAUGAGAACCACAUUGCCAACAUCCCAGACAGUUUUACUGGCUUGCAAAAGCUACGUCACGCAGAUUUUGCUAGCAAUGACGUACGAAUAGUGCCGCCAGAGAUCGCCAGAAUGCAAAGCCUCUCCAUGAUUCGGUUAACGGGCAAUCCGUUGAGAGAUCGCAAAUUAAUUUCGGCUGCGACAGACGAGCUGAAAGAGAUCUUGGCUGGUCGCUUGGAGCCGCCGCCUCCCUAUCAAGAGCCUGGACACCUUACCACAAUCACGGGUUUGAUGAGUAGUCUUUCGGAAAUCGAUGACAGACUCAAAACAGUUGGCGAUAUGGACACAUUUCCUCCCACUAACGAUGGGGAUACAGUCGUGAAAGACGUCUGGUUCGUGAAGCCAGGAGGCUUGUUGGACUUGUCGAGAUCCGACAUGUCCUCUUUGAACCCCAAUAUCUGCUCCACGGUCGCUUCGAAGAAUCAAGUGCGCCAAAUCCAACUACAUCAUAACCCUAUUGCCUCUAUCCCAAUUGCUCUUGGCGCAUUUGGCUCAACUUUAUCCUUUCUGUCUUUGGCACAUGCGCAGAUAACUGGCGACUCGUACCUCACAGAAACGCUUGACCUACCCGCUCUACGGGAACUGAGCCUCUUGUCAAAUCAAAUCACAAGCUUGAACCCCGUGACAAGGUUCCUGAGGGCACCGAGCUUGGAGAAGAUCGACGCCACUCUCAAUCGCGUGGCUUCGCUCCCAACGAGUUUGAAACAGGCCUUUCCGCAGCUUUCUGUGCUAUUAGUGGCAAGCAAUCAAUUAUCAGAGCUUGAUCCCGAGUGGAUUCGGGGGCUUAAGAUCGUCGAUGCCUCUAGCAAUAAUAUUGGCCAGCUCAAUCCCAGGCUCGGUCUCCUUGGUGGUGUCGACGGACUACAACGAUUGGAGGUUGCCGGCAAUCGAUUUAGAGUGCCGAGGUGGAGUAUUCUUGAAAGGGGAACCGAGGCCACGCUGAGAUGGUUACGAGGAAGACUUCCGACUGAAGAAAUGGCCGCUUGGAGGGCAGCCAACGGUGAAGAUAGCGGAGAGGAUGUAGACUAA